CUUAGGCCCAUCUCAACUUCAGCUAUGGAACCUGUGUCAUCUCCAAAAUUCCUCUCCUCCCUUCUUCUGUUUCUGAUCCUUUCUUUUCUUCUUGUCUUGGCAUCAGCUUCACUUGCAUCCCAAGGGAGGGCCCUCCUCCAGUGGAAAGCCAGCCUCCAAGACCAAGGAUCACUUGAAUCUUGGAACCUCGACACCAAUCCAUGCAACUGGACUGGAAUCACAUGCAACAUCACACGUCGAGGCCGACGUGUGAUCAGGGAGAUAAAUCUAUCCCAAAUGGGUCUGGCAGGAAUGCUGAAUGCUCUCAACUUCUCCCCCCUGUCAUCACUCAUCAGUCUCAACCUCACAUCCAACAAGCUCUAUGGAAGCAUCCCUCCCACCAUAGCUGCUCUUUCCAAGCUCACCUCCCUUGAUCUCUGCACUAAUAACUUCAUCGGAAUAAUUCCACUACAGAUUGGCUCUCUAACAAAGCUCAACUCCCUGAAUCUUAGUGAGAAUCAGAUAAGUGGUUCCAUCCCUCCUUGGCUUGGUAAUAUGACAAGGCUUAACUUCUUAUAUCUAUUCGGAACUAAUCUUUCAGGUCCUAUCCCGAAGGAAUUAGGAAGGCUUGGGAAUUUGUUGGAGUUGAGAAUCUACUCCAACCAGCUAAUUGGUUCCAUCCCCACUAGCUUAGGAAAUUUAACCAAGCUUGAAAUGUUGGACCUUUAUGAAAAUCAGAUCUCUGGAUCAAUUCCUCAUGAAUUAGGAAAUCUGAUAGAGUUAAGUAGUCUAUCUCUCUCGCAAAAUAAUUUAACAAGCUCCAUCCCCAGAUGUUUAGGAAAUUUAACCAAGCUUAACAUUAUGUAUCUUUGGGGUAAUCAUCUCUUUGGAUCAAUUCCUCGUGAAAUAGGAAAUUUAGUGGAGUUAACUGGGCUAGCACUCUCUCAAAAUAAUUUAAUGGGUUCCAUCCCCACCAAGUUAGGAAAUUUAACCAAGCUGGAAAACUUGUACCUUGAUAAAAAUCAGAUCUCCGGAUCAAUUCCUCAUGAAAUAGGAAAUCUAAUGGAGUUAACUAUACUAUCACUCUUUCAAAAUAGUUUAACAGGUUCUAUUCACACCAGCUUCGCAAAUUUAACCAAGCUUAAGAUCUUGUACCUUGAUGAAAAUCGUGUCUCUGGACCAAUUCCUCAUGAAAUAGGAAAUCUAGUAGAGUUAACUAUACUAUCACUCCCAAAAAAUAGUUUAAUAGGUUCUAUCCCCACUAGUUUAGGAAAUUUAACCAAGCUUGAAAUCUUGUCCCUUUAUGAAAAUCAGAUCUCUGGAUCAAUUCCUCAUGAAUUAGGAAACUUAAGGAAGCUUAGUGAGUUAGCAUUGCAGAUUAACCAAAUCUCUGGUUCAAUCCCUCCAUCUUUUGGAAACUUAACCAACCUUACUAUUUUUAUGUUGCACAAUAAUCAACUGUCUGGUUCUUUGCCUCGGGAAUUUAAUACUAUUACAAAUUUGAAAUUUCUUGCAUUGACAAAUAAUAGUUUUUCAGGCCAUUUACCACAUGACAUAUGCAAAGGAGGAGUUCUAGUGUAUCUCACUCUGAACAACAACCAUUUUGAAGGUCCAAUUCCCAAAAGCUUGAAAAACUGUACAAGCCUAAUUAGAGUCCGACUUGAGCAAAACCAGCUAUCCGGGGAUAUAUCUGAAAAUCUUGGAGUAUAUCCACAUCUGGGGUAUAUUGAUUUAAGUUUCAACAGACUAUUUGGUAAGCUCUCACCAAAUUGGGGAGGAUGUCGUAAUUUGUCACUCUUAAGAGUCUCCAACAAUAAGGUUACAGGAAUCAUACCACCAGAACUCGGAAAGUUAACUCAGCUACAAGAACUCGACCUAUCCUCGAACCAUCUAUCAGGAGAGAUUCCAAAGGAUUUGAGCAAGCUAACUAAUCUAUAUAAGUUGAAUUUGAGCAACAACCAACUUGUUGGAGAGGUAAAUCUAGAAUUUGGAGGACUACCUAAUUUGGAGACUCUUGAUCUGUCAGCAAAUCAACUAAGAGGAAGGAUACCAGAACAGUUAGGUAACUGCAUUAAACUUCACUUGUUGAAGCUUGAAAACAAUCAUUUAAAUGGAAGCAUUCCUUUUCAAAUUGGAAAUCUAGUAUACCUGGAUGACUUCCUAGAUCUAAGCCACAACUCAUUAACUGGAGAGAUACCAUCACAAUUUCGCAAACUGGAUAAGCUGCAAUAUUUGAAUCUAUCACACAAUGAGUUGACUGGUCAAAUUCCACCUUCUUUAAGUGAUAUGAUAAGCUUGUCAUUUGUAGACUUAUCAUGCAAUGAAUUAGAAGGCCCACUGCCCAACAGCAGAAUUUUUCAGAAUGCUCCAAUAGAGUGGUUUAUCCAUAAUAAUGGUUUGUGUGGUGCAGUGAAAGGUUUGCCAUCAUGUGGCUCAUUUGCAACAAGGAAAGAUGAUUUAACUAAGCACCACAAACUUCUCUUGUUAAGCAUUGUUCCUAGUCUGGGAACCCUACUUCUCUUAUUUCUAUCUUUUGCAUUUGCUUUGCUAAUUCUGAGAAGGAAGAAACAUACAAGACAUGUUGCACGUAUUGAAGAAGUUGGAUUGCCUGUUUGCAACUUCAAUAGAGAAGACGCAUAUAAUGGCAUCAUUCAAGCAACUGAGGAUUUUGAUGAUAAGUACUGCAUUGGCACUGGAACAUAUUCCAGUGUUUACAAAGCAUUGUUACCAAGUGGCAAGUUGGUAGCUGUGAAGAAAUUUCAUCCACUAGAAAUUGAAAACUUAUCAAGCAAGCAAAACUUUUGGAAUGAAAUACAGGCACUAACCCUGAUCCAACAUCGAAAUAUUGUGAAGUUUUAUGGUUUUUGCUCCAGUGCUCAACAUAAGUUUCUUGUUUGUGAAUACAUGGAGAGAGGAAGUUUGGCAAAUAUUCUCCGAAGUGAAAGUGCCAUUGAAUUGGAUUGGUCCAAGAGAGUGGAUGUCAUAAAACAUAUUGCUUAUGCUUUAUCAUACAUGCACCAUGAUUGUGCUCCACCAUUAGUACACCGAGACAUAACAAGUAAUAAUAUUCUACUUGACUCAAAAUACAAGGCUUGUGUUGCAGACUUUGGUAUUGCUAAACUUCUAAUGCCCGAUUCAUCUAAUUGGAGUAUGCUUGCAGGCACACGAGGAUAUUUGGCACCAGGUAUGUUGUAA